CUUGACCAAACCCCUCGUGAAGUUGACCUUCACAAACCAGUGCUGACCGCCCCGAGAUGCACGAGUGCUUUAUGAUCGACGAGAUUGCAACUGCAAUCUUCAAUUACGUAUUGGACAAUGGCUCGUGCAAAGCUGAUGUCCUUUCUUGCGCACUCACCUGUCGCGAGAUAUCGGAGAUAGCGCUCGAUGUGCUCUGGUUCACUCAGCUAUCCCUUGUCCCCCUAUUCCUCACGAUUCCCGAGGUUAGAGCCUUCUCUGACCAUAGUUCGGCCAAGGACGAGAAAGGACAGGUCACUUUGCCUGAAUUCAAAGAUGCGAGCACCCUUACAUGGGAGAGAACGCUCAAGUAUGCAUCUCGCAUCAGGCGGUUAUGGCAUGACCCCAAUGUCCCCGCAACUUUCUCGAACGCUCCUCCCGUCGAAGUUAUUGCUUCAGCUCUUGGGAGGUGCCCCGUGGAACACCUUAUGUCCAACUUAGUCCACUUCCACUCAGGCGCCGUGUACAGCAUGAAAUCGUCGCCUCUGUUCUAUCCACAUAUCUCUUUAUUAGCAUCACCGAGCAUUAGGAAGCUCUCUGUAAAGGUUUUCAAGCCACCGCAUGCAGUCAAGACUGUCACGACGUUUCUCAAGACAUGCCCGGAGCUGGAAAACGUAGACAUAGCCAUCAACUUCAUCGAUGACGAUGGUCUUCUUCUCGACCGACAAAUUCUCGACCCGCUAACGUCGCUACGCAAGCUGACAGUGCUGCGUUUGGUCUGUCCUGAUUCUCUUUCAGACGAAGAUUGGAAUUCCUCGGAGCCAGCUCCUGAAGGAGGCUUGGCAGAGCUCCGACGCAUCACCAUGGACGUCGACUCUUUGGCUCCCGCAAUGGCGUUACUAUCAUCUAUCUCUUCGCCGGAAUUGACGAGCCUCACCAUCAAUAGUAAGCAGGGUACCGGUGAUAGCCUCAGACGCCUGCUCUCCCGGUUCAAAGAUGUAUCAUUCAACGUGCGGAAUGUUCAAACACUCAAACUGAACCUGUCCCUCAGGAUGGGAGUUGGCCGCGGCCACACAAACGAAGGCGCGACCAUCGGAGAUUGCCUCGGGCUCCUCGCGUUCCGCGGUCUGCGCGUCGUGCACCUGCAACUCCCGCUCGAGCUCACAGAUGACGCCUUUGCGGAUUUCGCAGGCGCCUGGCCGCAAAUCGAGGAGUUUUCCUUCAGCAGUAACAACUCUUCGUUUAGCAAACUCACGCUUCGCGGACUUACCGUGAUCCCGUCGAGUUGGCCACGUUUACGAUAUCUGACACUGGGCAAGGUAGACUGCCAGACAGAUGUGCCGUCGGUGGAGGUCGCUAGGACGGCCGCGGGUGAGAGAAAGGAGGCGGGGGAAGCUUUGAAGUUGUUCCUGUCAAUUCAAUCGCCCAUCGAUCCCAAAAAUGUCAACGACGUUGCGGAUUUCUUGAUGGCACUAUUUCCAGGCAUCUCAUUUCAACAUUUUGGCGCAGGUUUUGCAGGAAGUGGCGGACAGGCCUCACGGACCUGGCAAAAGGUUCAUGAUGUUAUCAAUGGGACGGGAUCCGGGGAAGGGCGCCAUAGGAUUUGACCUCCUACUUGUAUUCUAAAAAGAUCACUUGUGAUAAUAGUUGUAUAGUAUGGUACGCGCUGAACUCGAUAUGUACGGAAUUGCGGACAAAGCAAUCGAAAACUCUUGAUGAC